AUGGGACGGAGCUCGAGCCCCCGUCGGCGGUACCGAAGUCCGUCGUCCCGGCGCAGCCGGAGCCGAAGCGGCCGCCGAUACUCAAGACGACGACGCAGUCAUAGCAGCAGCCGGCGCUUACAGUCUCGUUCUCGUUCUCCGCGCCGAGGGCGUCAAAGCUCGUCCAGAUUCAACGAGCCAAUGGGUCGCUACGGACCAGUGAGCAGCUCAGAUGGCGGCGGGUUCAAGAGCCGAGGAGGCGGUAGAUACAGAGAUGACAAUGCGGACGGAUUUUUGAGGAGAGGAAGCGGGAGCGAGAGGGCAUUGCGUUUAGUAUCUGGGCAGGGAUCCCGAGUCCCCCGCCUAAGAAGAAGCUCAAGAAGGAGAAAAGAGACACCGUCUCCAUCGCGAUCUCGAUCUAGUUCUGGAUCCAGGUCCGGAUCUAGCUCGAGGUCUCGAUCUAGUUCAAGGUCUUCGAGUGGCUCGGACGCUUCAAGUUCGGAUAGUGAAGACGACCGUCGUCGACGACGAGAGCGGAAGCGAAAGCGAAAGAUUAAGUCAUCACGUCGCUCUCGUAAGAAGAAAGGAUCUAAAAAGAGCAAGAAACACAAGAAGGAGAGCAAAAGAAGUCGUAAGAGAGUUCGACGCUCGAAUAGCGAGAGCGCGAGCGACGAUACUCACAGUGGGAGUGUCUCAGGCAGAUCGGUAGCUUCUGAGAGAAGAGACCGUGCGGAUAGUUAUGAAAGACUGAGCGACUUGGACGAGACCGAGAAGAGGGAAACGACUAAGUUCAGAGAGGCAGUCCAAGGCUCACACAAGGAAGAAGACGAGAUCGAGGAGAUUGGGCCGAAGCCGCUGGCUGCGGCGGAAGAGACGGCCGCCUCGUCGCUGAAUUAUGGUAAGGCGCUGUUACCUGGUGAGGGAGCUGCUAUAGCUCAGUUUGUACAGAAAAACAUGCGCAUUCCACGUCGUGGUGAGGUCGGCUGGAAUGGCGAAGAAAUCGGGAAUCUGGAGGAUCUGGGCUACGUGAUGAGUGGUAGUCGCCACAAGCGCAUGAAUGCUGUUCGUAUUCGAAAGGAGAACCAAGUGUAUACGGCGGAAGAGAAGCGCGCGCUGGCACUUAUCAAUUUUGAAGAGAAACAGCAACGUGAGAAUGCCAUCAUGAAUGACUUCAAGGAAAUGCUGACAGAGCGUUUAACAAAAAAGCACGGCUCUCGACUUGUGGAAGACAUGGAGUCGUCGGCGAAGGACUAG